UGGCCCGGCGCAAGAGCCGCCCCCCAGCCGGGCGGGGAAGCGGGAGGGCGGCCACUGGCUCCGCCUCACUCCCCUCUGACCCGGUGUCUAGUCUCUCCGUCUUCCUGUUCCAAACCACGUGGACGCGCUGGGGGACGGCGGGGUUGUGCGUCUAAGGGAGGCAGCCGGGGCCACUAUCGCCGCUUGCAGCCUGGGUCGCGAUCCCCUUACCCGUCCGAAGUCGCCGCGCCCAGAUUGUCCGUGCUUUUGCCGAGGGCGCGCACAUGGCGACCCAGGCGCACUCCCUCAGCUACGCGGGAUGCAACUUCUUGCGCCAGCGUCUGGUCCUGUCCACCCUGAGCGGGCGUCCAGUCAAAAUCCGAAAGAUUCGAGCCAGAGAUGACAACCCGGGCCUCCGAGAUUUUGAAGCCAGCUUCAUAAGGUUAUUGGACAAAAUAACUAAUGGUUCUCGAAUUGAAAUAAACCAAACAGGAACGACCUUAUAUUAUCAGCCUGGCCUCCUGUAUGGUGGAUCUGUGGAACAUGAUUGUAGUGUCCUUCGCAGCAUUGGCUAUUACCUGGAGGGUCUUCUUUGCCUGGCUCCAUUUAUGAAGCAUCCUUUAAAAAUAGUUCUGCGAGGAGUGACCAAUGACCAAGUUGACCCUUCGGUUGACGUUCUUAAGGCAACAGCACUUCCUCUGUUGAAACAGUUUGGGAUUGAUGGAGAAUCGUUUGAGCUAAAGAUUGUGCGACGAGGAAUGCCUCCUGGAGGAGGAGGUGAAGUGGUCUUCUCUUGUCCUGUAAGGAAGAUCCUGAAGCCCAUUCAGCUUACUGAUCCAGGAAAAAUCAAACGUAUCAGAGGAAUGGCAUACUCUGUCCGUGUGUCACCUCAGAUGGCAAACCGGAUUGUGGAUUCUGCAAGGAGCAUCCUCAACAAGUUCAUUCCUGAUAUCUAUAUUUACACAGACCACAUGAAAGGAGUCAACUCUGGGAAGUCUCCAGGCUUUGGGUUGUCACUGGUUGCGGAGACCACCAAUGGCACCUUCCUCAGUGCUGAACUAGCUUCCAAUCCCCAGGGCCAAGGGGCAGCAGUGCUUCCAGAAGACCUUGGCAGGAACUGUGCCAGGCUGCUGCUUGAAGAAAUCUACAGGGGUGGAUGUGUGGACUCAACCAACCAAAGUCUGGCUCUAUUGCUCAUGACCCUUGGACAGCAGGAUGUUUCCAAAGUCCUGCUAGGACCACUCUCCCCUUACACGAUAGAGUUUUUGCGGCAUUUGAAGAGCUUUUUCCAGAUUAUGUUUAAAAUUGAGACCAAGCCAUGUGAUGAAGAACUCAAAGGUGGGGAUAAAGUGCUGAUGACCUGUGUUGGCAUUGGCUUCUCUAACCUUAGCAAGACCCUCAAGUGACACUGUGACAAGAUAAGGCCCCAUUACCUGCAGACAAAGCAGAAGCUGCCAAGGACACCAAAGAGAUAUAUUUAUAUCCAGGACAGGAUACCCACUUAUAUUUUAAGAACGUUCUUAAUUUUCCAUCAACAAUAUCAAUAUAGAAAUAAAAGACGCCUUCUCACCAUGUGGUUUCCAGCCAUUCCUCCGGUGACAGUGACAUUGACAUUGACAUUGACAUUCCUCAGGCUUGGUCCCGUAGAGCCGACCUGGAGGAAGAGUACCCUCAGGACAUGGUUCCGAUGCUAGUCCAGAAUCACAGCAGCAUUUCUCUUCUUCCUCAGCUUGCACCCCUGGACUUCUGUCCCGUGGAGUCUGUGACUGUUCUUUCUUCAAGGACUUACCCCUUUGAGCUUGGUUUCUGUUGUAGGAACCAAAUGUGGAAGCUCUUAGUGCAUCAUGUAACGCUAUGCAAAUGUCACAGUUGCUAUAUUAGACUGUUUUGUCUCGUUUUCUGAAUGGGUUACUAUUAUGGACACAUUCUCUUCUCUGCUGAUUCGUUGUAUGUAUGAGGGAAUGGGUGGCUGGGCUGGGGAAAGCAGUUAGGUGAUGUGUGUAGAUAUUUUCUGUAUCCUAGGUGUGCCACAGAUUUUCUUAUUUUAUUUGUUCAGUAGCCCUAUGAUUGUAAAUUAUAAUCUCCACACAAAAACAAGGUAUUUUGUUCCUUUAAUAUUUAUAAUGUGAAAACAUUAGGUCUCCUGUUUUAAAGUCUAAGUGUAACAGUCAGGGUCUGGGAUACUGCCUUUUUGUAAGUACAUAGGCUAGCAGAUGACAUGAACCUGUUUAUUACUACUUAGUAAGCAGCAUGAGUUUUGUGUUUGUACUGGUUUCUCCUGUUUUCCAAACCCUCCAGUGCACAGAGGGGGGACCAGGUAGAUGCCAUGCAUGCAGUGGGUUUGCGUCACAGCCGAGGGACACUUGUUCUUGAGAACUCUUUCUCUUUUGUAGCAAACCUGUUCAUUGUUCCACUUGGACACAUUACUUCAUCCUUUAAGAUAGCUUGUGACAAACAGUUCUGAGAAAGGACUUGGGUAAAGGCCUCCCUAACAAGAAUGUGCAAGAAUGCUCAGGACAAUGGAGGAUUGCUCUGACCCACUAGUAGAUCCUACAUUUGGCCAUAUACAUGGUUGUGGUUGGAAGAAGGGAAAGAUCUAAUGAUUUUCUCCACCUGGGGUGGGCUUUUGAAGUAAGGAAUGAUCCUUGCCUCACCAAUUGUUCUUGGUACCCUUGUCUUUUUCAGUGAAAGGGGUCAGAGAAAGGCUGUGCUCUGGUGACUGUGGGAGUAAGAGAGGCUGUGUAACAUUCACAACUGAGGCUCUCUACUGUGAGCUUUCUAUAUUGUAUCGAUGUUCCGUUGGUGCAUAACAAAUGAUCACAGUCUUGGCAGCUUAAUAUCCACUUGCCAUGUGACAGUUCUAUAGGAUAAACAUGAGGCAGGUGUGGUUGGAUUCUCUGCAUGUGUCUCAUAAGGCUGGGAUGGGCUCUCAUUUGAAGGCUCUGGGAAAGAAUGUACUUCCAGCUCAUUCAGGUUGUUGGUGGAAUUCAGGAUAUGGGGUGGAAGUUCCCAUUUCUUUGCUGGCUAUCAGUUGCAGACAUCCCUCAUCUUACAAAAGUUGUCCACAUUUUUGUUCACUCCGCCCCUCCAUUUUAAGCCAGCAGUGGUGCAUCGGAUCUUUCUUGUGCUUUAAAUCUGACUCCCUCUUCUGAUGCCAACUGUAGAAAUCAUUGCUUUUAAAUAGCUCAUUGCACAAUAGUCCCACUUGGAUAAUCUCCCUGAUUAUCUAGAUACCAGUCACAGCAUUAUCUAGAUCAGUGCUUUAUUGACCAAAGACUGGAAAUAGGUGAUGGUUAUCUUAGAAUUCUACCUAUGACACAGACUGCAAUUAUGUUUAGUGCCACUGCUGUUUUAAAUCAGAUCUGCCCAAAUGGAACUUAGGUACACAGCUAAGCAGUCACAUUGCUUUCGACCUGUCAAAUACUACUCAACAAGGGCCUCCUGUCCUUUGGCACAAGCUCCAGAAAUAGUACCCUUGAUCAAUAUCAGGUGUUAGGCAGAGGCCAGGCAGAUUUUUACAAGCAGUAGAGAGAAUGUGCACUUCUGCCUGUGUAAACCCAGUAGUGUCUGAUAAGGUUCCAGUUCUCCAUCUGCCCUAGUGCUUUUAGAGUUGAAACCUGGCAGUAGGGGUGAAAGGAGGACAAACGCAAUUUUUUUCCUUUUGACAUAGGGUGGUUUUGAACUCACGAUCUCCAGCCUCAGCCUCCUCAAUGCUGGGA